AUGGCUCAAGCUGGAAUAAUAGUGCUGGAGGAAAUUGGAACAAUAGCUUCAAUUCACAGAACAAGCAAGGUAGUAGCUGUCAAGGAAGUGCACGAGGGCAAACCUAGAUGUGGAAAAUGCAAUAGGUUUGGUCAUACUGCAAAGGACUGUGAAGGUCAUAGUCACAAACAAGUAGCCAACUAUGCAAAGGAAGAAGAAGUAACCAUAGGAACUAUGUUCUAUGCUUGUCACUCUACAAGUUUGCAAGAUAAAAAUGUAUGGUUUGUGGAUAGCGCCUGCAGCAACCGCAUAACCUCUCAAGAGUCUGUGUUAAUAAACAUUGACAUAACCGUGACUUGUAAAGUUAAAAUAGGCACUGGAGAUCUUGUACAAGCAACUGGAAAGGGUACUCUAGUGGUUGAAACUCAGCAUGGGAGAAGGUAUAUACAUGAAGUGUUGCUUGUUCCGGGCUUGGAUGAGAAUCUAUUGAGUGUAGGCCAAAUGAUGGAGCAUGGUUACUAUGUCCUAUUUGGGGGUAACAUGGCAGUUAUCUUUGAUGAUGGCAGCCUAAACAAUGUUGUAGCAAAAGUGGUCAUGGGAGGAAAUCGAUGUUUCCCUCUUUCACUAGAAUCUAUGACACCUGCAGCAAGAAAAGCAUCAGUGAUUGAAGACUCUUCAAUCUGGCAUAGAAGACUUGGACAUUUGAAUUUUGUUAGCAUUAAAAAGAUGUAG